CUGUCCUUCUCCUUCACCCCAGCGCUUCUGGUCUGUCUUUUCUAUUUUCUCGACACCACGCCGUCUCACCACUUCUUCAUUCACUCCCUCGCUCUCUUUCUCCCUCGUUUAUUUAUCAGGAGUGUUUGCCCGUGGCCAAUCCAUCUUUCGACUUCACGCCCGCUUCCUCCUUCUCACACUCACUCACUCGCUCUCUCGCUUCUUCCUUCCGUGUUUCCUUCCCUUCCUUCUCUUCCACCCCUUGUUCGUCUGGCACGUCUUGGCUCAGGCGCAGACCUGCCUCAGCUUCGCCGCACCUUGACUGCUUGCGUACUGAUCGCUAGUCGACUACUUUGCAACACGUCUCUUCACUUGUUCCAACCCGCCUACAUUCACAACUCUCCUUACCGGCCCUUUUAGUACCUUCCCUGUAUACUCUUUCUCAACAUGAAAUUCUCUCUCGCCCUCGCCACCUUGGCCGCUUCCGGCUUUGCUGCCGCCCAAGAAGAGGUCAACGAUGUAAACAUCAACGGAACCCCCGAGGAAGACCGCGCCGGCAUCAUUGGUUUGACCACCAACUCAACCUGCAAGACCGUCCCGGGAAAGAUGGAGAUGGUCAACGUCAUGCUCGACAAGGACGACCACCCCGAUGCUCUGCAGCUGCUCAGCCGCCUCGGCAGGGCCCUCGAUGAUGAUGGUGUCUUCGCUAUCCACGACAACCCCGCCUGGACCGUCAUCCAGAUGAACGCUACCGAAGAGUGCAUCCGGGUGCUCGACGACAUGGCCGAGGUCAGCGUGGUGGAGAAGGAGGCCAAGGUUCAAUCUUUCCUUGCCCAAAAGACGGGUGCUCCCUGGGGCUUGCAGCGCGUGUCCAACGAAGCUGGUGCUUCCGGUGAUCCCCAAGGCCAGUCCUUCACCUACUCCUUCGAGGACGAGGGUCUCGGUGCUGGUGUCGACGUCUAUGUCAUCGACACUGGUGUGCGCACUUCGCACGUCGUCUUUGGCGGCCGCGCUGUCGAGGGUUUCUCGUUCGAUGGCUCUGCUGCCGAUGGCGAUGGUCAUGGCACUCACGUUGCUGGCACUGCUGCCGGUAACAAGUUCGGCAUCGCCCAAAACGCAAACAUCAUCGCCGUCAAGGUCCUCGGCGACGACGGCUCCGGUUCUUCUUCCAACACCAUUGCUGGCAUGAACUGGGUCAUCAACAACCACAUCAAGCGCAAGGCUCAGCCCGGCUUUGUUGGCUCCAUCAUGCAAAUGUCUUGGGGUCUUCAGACCAUUGCCGCCACCGUCGACCAGGCUAUUGAGGGAGCCAUCGACCAGGGUAUCCACGUCUCGGUCGCCGCCGGAAACGACGGAGCCGACGCCUGCAGGAUCUCCCCCAGCCAUCUCGGUGGUGCCAACUCGGCCGUUGUCACGGUCGGAUCCAUCAACAUCAAGAACGCCGUCUCCAGCUUCUCCAACAUUGGCACCUGCGUCGACAUCUUCGCCCCUGGCGAGAAGAUCCUCAGCGCGUGGAAUGUCGGUGAUGAGGUCAUCAACUUCCUGUCCGGUACCUCCAUGGCCACUCCCAUGAACUCGGGUGUCAUGGCCACCUUGAUGCAAGCCGAUCCUGCCAACCUUGGCCAGAACCCUGCCGCGCUCAAGGCCAAGUUGCUCUCCAUGGGCCGCAAGGAUGUCAUCUCGGGUAACUUGGCUGGAAGCCCCAACCUGCUCCUCAGCAAUGGCGUUGACGGCCAGGUCGCUGCUAGACGCCGCCGCACCGUCACCGGAAGCCCCGCUGCCUGGGCCAAGGACCUUGUCAACAACGGCAUCGAGCCCCGGUUCGUCAUCAACUCGACCGACUCGCCUGUUCGUCACUUCUAG